UCUUAAUCUCUAAACGAUGAACUAUUGAAAUGAAUUUUUCUCAAAAUUUUGGUUGUGGGGUUGUGCUCUGUGCAGCAAAUAUAUGUAUUAUUAUAAUUUCGGGAUGGGCUUUAAAAUGGGUAGAAGAGGAGGCAACUCUUAGCCGAGGAAUGUUUGCAAUACAAAUGUUGUGUGGCAUUCUGGGGAUUCUCUCCUUCACACAUCCUAAUGGCUCGCUUUUUAAUUCAUCGGAUGCAUGUCAACUUGCGGACGUGACGACUGGUAUAUUCUUAUACGGAGCAGCAACCUUAGCCGUAAUUUCAACGUUUGCACAUUGGAAACAUAUGAAAAUCAAAAAGAUUGUGUCUGGUAUAUCUGUAAUGUACAGCUCAGCAUUGUUAUUCGUUUUAUCAUUUGCUAUAGACGAGUGCUAUUGGAUAUUUGGAUUUGCUGCGUUAAUAAUUUGCAAUGAAUUUGUAUUAAGCCGAUUAAUAACACCCUACGAGAUAUCAAAGCUGGAAUUUAAAAAUAUUGAGCUCUGUUUUUACGAAAUUUUCGCUUUAAAUGCCGUCAACGAAGCAGCGUUUGCUAUAAGAUGAUCUUAUGUUUGGAGUGUUAUGUACAGAAAUUCGUUUUAAAAUAGUAAUUUUAUUAAUUUUUUGGAGUAAAAAUUUUAAUCUAAUUAGUUUUAAUGCUAAAA